AUGGAGCACGUCUUCCGAGUUCCCUAUGGCUUGCACCAAGGUUAUGGGGUCACACAGCCUCUCAACUACCCUAGCUUCUGGGGUGACGUGUGUCCUCCUGUUUUCCUGGCCAGGCCAGUGCCUAUGGUACCAGCAAAUGCCUGUGAGUCCUGCAUGUACCCUUACAAGAGGGCUCAGCUUCAGGCCAUUCUCUCCCAGAGAAACCCCAACCUGAGCCUACGGCUAUGCAAGGCCAACACUAAGGAGGUGGGCGUACAGGUGAACCUUCGGGUGGAUAGGUCGGUGCAGUGCUCACUGGGGCCUCAGACCCUACACAGCAGCUUCCUCUCGGGCAGAAGCAGCCUCAGGAAGCCUGUGGAGAUUUACCAGAGAGCCUUGAUCCAGCUACCUAAGGACGAGGAAGACAGAGGAAGCCGAGAGCUUAAAGGACCUGCAGAAGCCAGUCAGUUGCCGCCACCUACGUCGAGGCCAGAUGGUAACAAGCAGGAGAGCUUCCCACAGCUGAAGGAAGUCGGGGAGGAAGACACCCCCAGGUCUGGGGACAGGAAAAGCAAGCUGGUAUGUGGAAACAUAGACACAACUCCCGUUUCUCUUCAUUUUCAGUUUUUGGAACCAAAAUACGGCUAUUUUCACUGUACAGAUUGUAACACCAGAUGGGAGAGUGCUUACGUGUGGUGCAUCUCUGGUACCAAUAAAGUUUAUUUCAAACAACUCUGUUGCAAGUGCCAAAGGAAAUUUAAUCCUUACCGAGUAGAAGCAAUCCAGUGUCAGACCUGCUCCAAAUCCUGUUGUGCCUGUCCUCAAAAGAAAAGACACAUUGACAUCAGGAGGCCACAUCGCCAGGAGCUCUGCGGUCGCUGCAAAGACAAGAAAUUCUCCUGUAGCAAUGUUUACAGCUUUAGAUACAUCCUGUGA